AAAAUGGUCGCACUGUUAUUACGUCACCAACAACAAGAAGCGUCUACUGUGGCAGUUGAGAAGCCAAACACUUUAGUAUUUAAGAAAGGUUAUGUUCACAGAUACUAGCAAAUAAUGUAUAGACUUCCGGACAAUUAAUACUAAUUUCAACGCUGUUGCACAACGUGAAACGUAUUAGGUUGGUUGAAGAAGUAGCUAGCUAACGUUAACUCAGAAGUUAGCAAACGUUGCCUAGAUAGCUAGCAACAUGCCCUCUAUUAUCAAACCUAAAGUAAAAGGCACAACCAAAGUUUCAAUUAGUGGGAUAACAGUACAUGCUCAAAGCAAACAUUGUCAUCGAAAUAAUGUAUUGGCCGAGAGGAAUCAGGCAGUAGCACCUGUGGGCGCCUGGGUGGAGAGUGGACAAGACUGCCAGGAUGAGCAUCCAAAUGUUCGUGCCCUGCUAACUGAGGAGCUACAGAUGGAGAUUCAACGGGAGAAAGAGGAGAGUCUUCGCCGGUUUCAGGAAGAAGUGCGCCGCCGCGUGGCACAACAGGCUCAAAUCCGCAAGAGGUGGCAGCUUCAGAAGUCAUGCGAGAUGGCAGAGCAGGAGGGGAGAGUGCUCCAGCAGUCCAGCGAUGCAGCGCAGAGAUUGACCCCCAGGAAGAAUCCGUUCCCCUACUCCCCACAGAGAGAGCUAGCCAUCUGCAGCCCCAACUCCCGCUGGGUUCGAGCACAGGACCAUGAGAGCAGCGACAGAGAAAACAGGACAGAUCAGCAAACGCAUCAGCUCAGCAAAGUCAUGAGGCAGGUCAGACACAGACUGGCAGCCUGUCAGACGGUCCGUGACGGAGAAGUGAUGUCAGAGCUCCCUGGGGGAAUAUGGAAGGUGUCUCCUAUCAGAGAUAAACCUGUAUAUCGGGUGACAAGAGAAGAAGAGGGUCAUGAAGAGGAGGAGGAAGAUAUUCCUUUGAUUGGGCAACAUGACUUCCCUCUUCAGAACUUUGAUCCUCACGAGGGUCACAGGAGCAAGACUGUCACCUUUGACAACAAUCCGGUCUGUCAGAGGCUCUUUAGUGAGCCUUAUCCUGAAGGUCAUGGUAAUGAGUUUAGUAGUGACCAUAGAGCUACUCAAGUGCUGUGGCCCCAAGAAGACCAGGAGGAACUGAAGAGACAGGGUCAGUCUCAGUUUCUGAUGUACCGACGCCUAUUCAUGGACAUUGAGAGAGAACAAGUGAAGGAGCAUCAGAGACAUAGGAAGCACCUGAGGAGAAUCGGAAGGAUAAAGGCAGAAAAGGAACAGAAGAGGUUGGAAGAGGAGAGGAAGCUGGAGAGACUGCGGCAGCUCGAGGAGGAUAGACUGGAAAUGGCUGAGAGGAAAUUUCUAAUUCUGGAGCGACUGAGGCUUGAGGAAGAGGAGAGGGCAGAGGUGUUGGAGAAGAAAGAGAGAGCAAAGAAAGAUAAAGAAGCCACAAGGUACAUCGAGGCUCUGAGAGCUCAGAUGAAGGAGAGGAUAGUUCUGGAGAAUACAGAGCUCCCUCCUCUCUGUUGCUGCGGAGACCGUUUCUGGGACUCCCAUCCUGACACCUGCGCAAACAACUGUGUCUUCUACAACAACCCUAAAGCCUAUGUCCAGGCUCUGCGGUCUGCUCUGUUGAGCUGUGAUCUGAAGGACAGGAGCCACUCCACUCACCAGCGAGCCUCGACUCACCGGAUUGCCUCCAUGCACGCCCUUUCACCCAGGAAGGAAACCACAGCUCACAGGAAGUUAGCCACCUCGCAAAGGAACCAAAAAAAAGAGGACAUUUGAAUUUCAGCCCUCUGUUUUUUUUAAAAAUCAAUAAUGACCUUUAAACGGUACCAUGAAAGGACAUGCCGUUUUGUCAUGCUAUUGAUUUUGAAUCAAACCUUGCCGUCUCUCACUCUCGAAUACUUAUCAGUUGUAAUUCCUUGAAACGUGAUGUCCUUUAUUUUGUAUGGUUUUAUUUUAAUUAUCUGUCUUUAGUUAUGUCAAAUAUGUACACUUGGUUUUACGCUAUGCUUAAUUGCUGAAAAAUUGCUGAUUUAAAACUUGACAUUUUAUCUUUUGAACCUCGGGAUGAUGCUUCAGUGGUGUUUGUUAGUCCUAUAAUAUAUUUUGGAUGCAGCAGUGGGCAUAAUCACUGGUAGUGUCCUAAUCCUUCCUAUGACGGUAUAUAUUAUUCCAUUCCUAUGGAAAAGUGGGGGAUGAAAAUGGCAGCUGCUUUCAUUUCCUAUAAAAUGGGGAAAUAGUGACUCUUGUCCUAGGCAACAGACCUAUGAUUAUUUUUUAUUUUUUUAUAUCAAUGUAUUAUUAAUAUGUUACUCAUUGCAUUGUUUGGGUGAUUUGUUACGGUUUCCUACGGUAAGAUUUAUUUAUUUUUUAGUGUUCACCAAAACUGAAUGAAUGUAAAAGGCCUUCCUAUAUGGUAAAUGCUCAUGUUUAUUAAUGAAAAAAUGAGAAGCUAAACUUGUAGGAUACAGUGCAUUUGAGAAGUAUUCAGACCCCUUGACUUUUUUCAAAUUUUGUUACAUUAAGGCCUUACUUUUUGUUACGUUACAAAGCGAAAAAGGUAGAUUUCUUUUGCAAUAACAUUUUUUAUGGAAAUAUUACAUUUACAUAGGUAUUCAGACCCUUUACUCAGUACUUUGUUUGGCAGCGAUUACAGCCUCGAGCGACGAGCUUGACACACCUGUAUUUGGGGAGUUUCUCCCAUUCUUCUCUGCAGAUCCUCUCAAGCUCAGUCAGGUUGGAUGGGGAGCUUCGCUGCACAGCUAUUUUCAGAUGUUCGAUCGGGUUCAAAUCCGGGUUCUGUCUGGGCCACUCAAGGACAUUCGGAGACUUUUCCAGAAGCCACUCCUGCGUUGUCUUGGCUGUGUGCUUAGGGUCAUUGUCCUGUUUGCAGGUGAACCUUUGACCCAGUCUGAGGUCCUGAGCGCUCUGGAGCAGGUUUUUAUCAAGGAUCUCUCUGUACAUUGCUCCAUUCAUCUUUCCUUCAAUCUUGUUUCUCAUAGUCUGAGAGUCCUUUAGGUGCCUUUUGGCAAACUCCAAGCGGGCUGUCAUGCCUUUUACUGAGGAGUGACUUCAGUCUGGCAACUCUACCAUAAGGGUCUGAUUGGUGGAGUGCUGCAGAGAUGGUUGCCCUUCUGGAAGGUUCUCCCAUCUCCACAGAGGGACUCUGAAGCUCUGUCAGAGUGAGUAACCAUCGGGUUCUUGGUCACCUCUGUAAUGUAACAAUGUGGAAAAAGUCAAGGGGUCUGAAUACUUUCCAAAAACUCCAAGGCAUUCUUACCAGAAGAUAAAAGGGAGUCUAACAUCAAUGCCACAACUAAGCCUGGUAAACGAGAUCACAUUACCAUAAACUAUUGCUAUUAGAGAGUGCACAGAUUCUUCUGCUUUUUCACAAAUUGCCUAUGUGUGUAGUUCUACUUUGAUGGUUAAGAUGGCUAAUAAUUAAAUGUUUUCUCUACACUUUA